AUGACUUCUACCAAGCGUGGCAGUAAUGCAGCUCAUACCAAUGAGUCUAGCCGUAAGAUAAUUGUGGCUGGCGCUCAACUAGGUGCAAUUCAUGUCGAUACACCACGAUCGGAAGGUGUGGAAAGAAUGCUAAAGCUGAUGGAAAAAGCACAUGGCCAGCAUGUUAAGCUGAUCGUCUUCCCGGAGAUCGCACCGGUCACCUUUUUCCCUAGGCACAUCCUUGAUGAGGAAGAACUUGAGAAGUAUUUUGAGCAGGAGGGCAAUGGUGAACCAACACAAUUGACGAACCUCAAGGCCUUGUUUGACAAGGCGAGCGAGUAUAAGAUGGACAUGUAUCUGGGCUACGCCGAGUGCACGGGAUCCGAUCAUAUCCACUAUAAUACUUCGGUAUAUUUCUCAGGGUACAGGGGACAAGUGAUAUCCAAGUAUCGGAAGGUUCACUUACCGGGGACAUUUGAACCGUACGAACGUGAAGGAGCAACGAACCAACUGGAAAAAAGAUAUUUCAAACCUGGAGACCUUGGGUUCAAGGCUUUCCGAGCACCAGGGUUGGUCCAGGGUGCUCUCGAGAAGGAAUCUGGACUUGCGGCCAACAAGCCGGAUACGCUGGGCAAAGGCGACCCGAUCGUUGGGAUGCUGGUCUGCAAUGAUCGUCGGUGGCCUGAAGCAUGGAGAGCAUAUGGGCUCCAAGGGAUGGAGCUUCUCCUGUGUGGAUAUAAUACCACGGCAUGGGCACCGGAGCUCAUUGGGACGAAUGAGAAGACGUCAACUCCUGAAAAGGCGAAGGCAGAGGCAUUGUUCCACAACAAGUUGAGCAUCACCUACAACAGUUAUGCCAACGCAUGUUUCAGCAUCAAUGUGGCCAAGUGCGGCGUCGAAGAUGAGAAGUACCCGUUGAUUGGGGGCAGCUGUAUAGUCGACUGUGAUGGCGAGGUGGUGGUCGAGGCGCAGACAGAAGACGAUGAAUUGAUCGUGGCGGAAAUUGAUCUCGGGAGAUGUCGACGUGGCAAGGAGAAGGUGUUUGCAUUUGACAAGCAUCGUAGAGUCGAGCAUUAUGGCAUCAUUGUGGAACAGACGGGGGUCAAGGAGCCCGAGUUGUUGUGA